AUGAUCGCAUUAUUAUUAACUCUACUGCUGGCAACAGACAUUGGCUAUGCUCUCAAAUGUAGAACCAACUGUUCGCUUGGUCCUUAUUAUUUUGGUCAAACAUUUAAUAUUCCCGAUGGAGAAUGUCAACAACAAAAAUCAGGAUAUGCUUGCUCUAUUGAUAUGACAUUCAACUAUCACGAUCUUUCGUAUUAUGUAGAAUUUGACACUCUUAUGUUGUCGACCGAUUCUUUUUAUAUAAGAUCUGGACCCUACCUAAGUUAUUCAAUUAAUUAUCAAUGCUCGAAAGGAACUGAUUGUAUUAUUUCAUAUGCACAAAACAAAAUUAAUGAAAUGAUUGGUCGAAAUUACAAUGCCCAAACCAUAUAUGAACUAAUUGCUUCAAUUAUUGAGAAUCCUUUAAGAAACGGUUCAAUUCAAUGUUAUAAUAUGAGAAAAGAAAUUGUGAUAUGUUCAUCGGAUGAACUAUGCGCUUUAGAUUAUAAUCUACAAGAAAAUAAGUUCAUUUCACGUGGCUGCAGUCAAUAUAAUGAACCCAGAGUUCAUAUUUAUGAUGGAAGAUAUCAUACAUCAUUUGAUGUUGAAUGUAAUCAGAAUCUAUGCAAUACCGAUGAAACAAUUUCACAAAUCAAAACUAUAUUAACCAAUUACGGUUUAACAGAUGCUAAUGGACGACGGAUUGCCGAUGGAAAUAAACAAAUGGUUUCUUCACUAUUAAUGACAUUAGUUUUGACUUUCAUUUUUCUUUCUUAUUUGUGA